GAGAUCAUAAACGCAUGAGAAUUGGGUGCUAUUUAACUUUGCCGACCAGCUUCUUCACCAACGAGCCAGCGGGCAGGCACGAAGCUAUGCUUCUGUCGUCCCCACUCCACUCCACUGAUCGGCUCUGGCUUCUCCCCUCCAAUUUCUUCUCAAUCCAUAGAGAACAUCCUAACCCUCAAUCCUUCCAACACUCCUCUCUUCUGCCCCCAUCCAUCACACGUCGUCGUGACCUCCGGAUCUUCUGUCAGCGUACUAGCUCCAACGAUGCCGCCGUCGGCAUUGCUAAGCCGGAUGAUGGAGCUGAUGAGAUUGUCGUUGAUGGAGUCGAAAGGGAGCAAACAAGCGUGGGGAUUGGGAACCCUAACCCCUUUCAGCCACUUGUGAUGUGCAGGAUGAGUUUAGGGGAUCGUGCCUUUUUCCUGCUCGCUUUUAUUGCUUGCACG